AUGGUUUCUAUACUAAAUCUACCCCAUGAGGUGAUGGUGAAAGUGUUCAAGUACUUGACGCCGAGCGAGACCAGUCAGAUGAUCAAGAAGUUGAAAUCGGAUAAAGAACACCGAGGUCGGCUUGAUGAUCUUGUCAUACGACUCUUGUACCAGCGUCUUUUCAAUGGGAAGUUGAUGAUUAUCAACGACAAAUCGAACGAGACUAUUGAAUACGACACUAUGCUCACUAUAGAUUCGUUUGAAGAGCGCUUUUUGGUACAUAACUACGAGAACUUGUUGUUCCAGGAGAUAAGACCAAACUAUGUAGAGGUGAAAUUCACCAGACAGGCCAAUGAUUACAUGAAUUUCAUAGGAAAUUUGUACAAGUUCUUCAGUCUCUUGUCUCGAGAGGAAAAUGUGCAGAUGCUCAAGUACUUCGAGACGAAAAUCUUGCAACUUGACUUUUACACUGACGGAAAUCUUGUAUUGAUAGAGAAUCCAACAUCAUUAUCCACUAUCAUCAUCAAGAUAUUGAUCAGUUUGUCUAGCAACAAGGACCUCUUGGGAAAGAUCAAACGGUUCACUAUAAAGUCGACCGAUAUCGGAAAUCUUUACGUUUCCCAAUGGAGUCAGCUAUUCCGACGUUUUAUCAAUUUGCAUACACUAGAUCUAUCCAACGACAUAAUUCACUCUGAUUAUGAUGAUUGCAGAGAUGUUUUAGGUUAUUCUUUCAAGUUUCCAGCCAGGCUUAAGAUACUAGUGCUAGAUAACAAUGUGUUGCGAUAUGUUUCGGUUGCAAUGAUUGCUAGUCUUCCACAUAGCCUAGAAGUGUUACUGUUGAGCCACAAUAAAAUCGUAUCUGUAGAACCAGUACGUCUAUCCUCAAAGUUACCGAAUCUCCGCUAUUUGAAUCUCGACUAUAACGGCCGCUUACUGUUUUUGGACCCUGUCAUUUUCCGGGGCAUUAGGCGAGACUUCAGACUUCUGUUAAGGGGCACCAGUUUUGAGGAUGCUGAUUUUUCGCAUUUGGCAAGAGCGACUAGCGAGAUCGGAUUUACCAUUAUAGUGUAA